AUGAGAAAAAUUACGCAUGGGGAGGAAAUGGCCAUGGAGAAUUACACCACAACGACUGAGUUCAUCCUUCGUGGACUGACAGAUCAGCCAGAACUGAAGAUUCCCCUCUUUGUGAUCUUUCUAGGGAUCUAUGCUGUCAGCAUCAUGGGUAAUCUAGGAAUGAUUGUUUUAAUAGGAAUUGACUCUCGACUUCACACGCCCAUGUAUUUUUUCCUUUGCUACCUGUCCUUUGUUGACUUCUGUUACUCCACCGUCAUCACUCCCAAGAUGCUGGUGAACUUUGUAGCUGAUGCUAACAUCAUUUCAUUCCAUGGAUGUGCAGCACAGUUCUACUUCUUUGGCUCAUUUGCGGGCAUCGAAGGUUUCCUUUUGGCGGUAAUGGCAUAUGACAGGUACAAUGCCAUUUGCAACCCACUCCUCUACAAGGUGAUUAUGUCAUGGAAAGUCUGCAGCUACUUAGUAAUUGCUUCAUUUCUAGCUGGAUUUAUAAAUGCAGCAAUUCACACUUAUUUCACGUUCCAGCUGCACUUCUGUGAUUCUAACAUCAUCAACCACUUCUUCUGUGACACGCCCCCUCUCCUCGCACUCUCUUGCACUGACAUACACAUCAACCUGAUCAUCAUUUUUGUCUUUGCCAGUUUUAAUGAAUUAAGCUGCCUCAUCACAAUUCUCAUUUCCUACAUCUAUAUCCUCUCUGCCAUCUUACGGAUCAGCUCCUCAGAAGGGAGACGCAGAGCUUUCUCUACGUGCACUUCCCACUUACUGGCAGUCACCAUAUUCUUUGGAACGAUCCUGUUCAUGUAUUUGAGACCCAGCUCCAGCCACUCUAUGGACCAGGACAAAAUAGUCUCUGUCUUCUACACUGUGGUGAUUCCCAUGCUGAACCCACUGAUCUACAGCCUGAGGAACAGGGAGGUAAAGGAUGCUCUGAGAAAAGCUGUGCGUAGGAAAGCCGUGUUUUAA